GAAAGCGUGCCACGUGGAGGUAGCGGGCUCAGCGAGUGACACGUGUACUCCGACGCAGAGAUAAGAGCCAAAGGGUUCGGACCUCAAGAACUAGAUCUCCUCGGAUAUGGAGGAUGAGAAUUUAUCAGAUGGAGGAAGAGAAGUCACAGCGCCAUUGGUAUAUCAGGAAGCUUUGAACAGACAAUUCAAUGAUGAUAUAACAUUCGAAGGUCGAGGAAGAUCCAUUUCAUGCUGCAAAAGCUUUGAUUGGCGAGCACCUGGAAUUAUAUUAGGCUUCCAGUGCCUAGAAAGCCUUGGUUUCUAUGGCAUCACAACCAAUUUGACAACAUAUCUUAGCAGCGUCCUUCGUGAAAGCAAUGCCUUGAUUGCGACUAGAAUCACUACUUGGUCUGGAACUAGCUACUUUACCCCGUUCCUGGGAGCACUUAUAGCUGAUUCAUACUGGGGACGUCGCAGGAUGAUCGUCUCCUCCUCUUUAAUAUAUCUUUGUGGAAUGGUAGUUAUCACACUUUCAGCCUCCCUUCGACCAUUGAAGCCUCCUCCAUGCGAGGGAAAUUCAUGUCCCUCAGCUACCCUAGUGCAAAAGAUUGCCUUCUACUCUGGCUUAUAUCUCAUAGCCUUUGGCAGUGGUGGAGUUAAGUCAUCCCUGCUUCCCCUGGGUGCAGAUCAGUUUGAUGAUGAGAACCCAGCGGAGAGAAUGAAGCAAGGUUCUUUCUUCAAUUGGUUCUACUUCUGCAUAAAUGUCGGUGCCCUUACUUCUAGCACACUGAUAGUAUGGAUACAAGAGAACGUGGGAUGGGCUGUUGGAUAUGGCAUUGCUUCUCUUUGCAUGGCUUCAGCCACAGUAUGCUUUCUGCUUGCAGUGCCUAUUUUCAGGGUGAGGGAACCCCAAGCCAGCCCAUUAAAGAGAGUUUUUCAGGUGCUUGUUGCUUGCUUGCACAAGGCCAACCUCAGAUCCCCUGCAGACAGCAGUUGCUUGUAUGAGGUGGUGCAAGACAACGACUUCAACAUCCAAAGGACAAGGAAAUUAGCACAUACUAAGCAGUUCAGAUUCUUGGACAAAGCUGCAACCAUGUCGGAUUUAGAUUGCAAGGAAGGCAGUGUUUACAGUCCUUGGAGAUUAUGUACCGUCACCCAAGUGGAGGAGUUGAAGAUAUUUCUAAGGUUAUUUCCAAUAUGGGUGGCUAGCAUUGUGUAUUCGAUCGCAUAUGCCCAAAUGUACACCACAUUUGUCGAACAAGGGAGGGCAAUGAAUACUAAGAUUGGAUGCUUCUCCAUCCCUCCUGCUUCUCUCUUUGCCUGUGAAGUACUAAGCGUCAUGCUAUGGGUAUUAAUCUACGACAUGCUGAUUGCUAAGAUAGCAAGAAGUUAUUUAGGUGGGGGGCAUGGACUCACUCAGCUGCAGAGAAUGGGAAUUGGCUACUUCCUGAUAAUCCUAGCCAUGGCAGCUGCUGCACUUGUGGAGAUGAAGAGAUUGAAGGGCACACAAGACCCAAAGCCCAUUAGCAUAUUGUGGCAGCUUCCUCAGUAUGCCAUUGUGGGUGGCUCUGAGGUGUUCUGUUACAUUGGACAGCUCGAAUUAUUCUAUGAUCAGAGUCCUGACACCAUGUCUACUGCUGUUUCAUUGCUCUCAAUCUCAUUAGGCAAUUACUUGAGUUCGGUCGUCGUCGCAUUCGUCGCGGCAGUGACAACCGCCGGAGGUAGGCCGGGGUGGAUACCGGAUGAUUCGGACGAGGGCCAUCUUGAUUAUUUCCUCUGGUUGAUGGCAGGACUCUCUGUAUUUAAUUUUAUUGCGUAUCUUGCUUGUGCAAGGAGAUUUACACUAAAGAGAACAGUCUUGUGAAUGCUGAAAAAUAGAUUCACAGUAUUAUCUACUCUUGGCUGGAUAUGUUGGACUGAAAGGUGACAUAAAAAGAGCAAAAGUAUGAUGGCAGAUAAAGAGUAACUACUAUUAAUGUAGAAAUAUGAUGGGCGAGAUAAGCUUACCCUUUUGCAGCUUAAAUGUAGUCGGGGAACAUGGCAUGUUCUUAAUGCAGAGAGUGACAGAUCAGAGUUUCUCUUGAUUUGCUUGACGAGAGAGGACCUAU